GCCCACCAUUACAAAAAGAGCGAUAACUGCGGGUACAACGUCAAGCAUUGGAGGUAGCGCGGUGAAAACGAAAAAACCAUCCGUGGCGCCGCCCUCUUACUACUUGCCCGCCAGCAUUCGAGAUGUGUAUAAUGAGGAGCCCAACGUGCAUCUGGAGG